AAUAAUGGAAAAUUAGAAUAGAAGAAAAGCGUGUUCUUCCCAGUCCCUCUUGAUUUGAAUUAUUUGUUUAGACUCCAUCAAGGUCCUUGUUGGUUUGGCCAUUAAAUGACGGUCUUGAAGACUCAACAUUGAAAAGAGUAGUAACAUCCGAAGUACAUGUAGCCGAAUAUAUGAUACAGAAUGAUGGAGCAAAUUCAUUUUGUUGAGUUUUUGGAUAAAGAGUGGGAUCCACAGUCCAGAGGUUUUACUUACACUCGUAACUCUCGCAGUCAAAAAUCUCCAGCUUCAAGCCACAGCACCUCUAUCAUCAACACAAACAAGGAGUUACACCCUCAAAUGCCUAACAUGAAUAAAUCGCCAGUCACACUGUACAAAUGUAGAGUCUGUAGGAGAGCAUACAUGAAACAGGUAAACCUGGAGAAGCAUGAAAGAACCCAUGAAGAACUGGUUGGUGAAAUGAAAAAUAACGAAGGACCUUCACCAAGGCUCAAAUCAAAGCCAGGAUCGAGUCAUGGAGAUGAUGUUCAGGAAGACAUAGAAGGGGAUGCAAAAGGUUCAACCAGAUACAGAUCAGAAAAUAAAGCAACUCUUAGAAAUCAAGAUGAGGAUUUGAAUGGUGAGACAACUUCUACAGUAGAAUCCAGAUCACUGCCAAAAUCAAGUGAUGGAGAUGAGGUUCAAGAUGAUACAACAACUUCCAGAAAGUCCAACUCAUCACCAAUAUCCUGUGAUACAGAACAAGUCCAAGAAGUUUUUACCAAGAUUACAGGUACAUCACAAUCAAAAGAUAAACCAGAAUUGUGUCAAGAGGUUCAAGUUAAAGCAAUAAAUAGUAACACAACAUCCACAAAGGCAUCCAAAUUAAAACCAAAAUUAAAACACAGAAAUCAAGUUGAAAAAAAGAGAAAUAAAGAUAUGUCUACAUCUAAAUCAAUGUCGAGCACAACUCAAAACUCAAAAUCAAACACUAGAAAAAGAUCUCAACCUACCACCAAUCUGGAGAGCAUGACUGACAACCAGGCAGGACUUGAUUAUUUGAAUCCUGAAAUUGAAAAGAAAGUUCGAUCUGCUGUAAUAGAUAAUUGCAGGUUUGAUCAAGAUACAGAGAUUUUUGAUUCCAUCGAGUCUAAUACGGCAGUAAUGGAAUGGUGUUCAGCUGAAACAAACUCUGGCAUGUUUGACAUUACUCAGCAAAAUUUCAAAGCAUUCUUAAAACCUGCACGAGCAAAUGUAAAGAUGGAACAUGAACAGCUGGAUGACGUACAGAGUCAGGUGAACAACAUCUUAAACUUCUUAAAUAGUGAGGAAGAGGUCGAUAAUGAAACAAGUGAAGAGUAUGAACUAGAGGCUGUAAUACCUGAAACAGAAUUGGAUGUAAAUCAACAGAAAAACAGCUCCCCGGCAGUGCAGAUGGGUUCUGACAGAGAUGAGGAAUCAGAGGAAUUUGAAGAGAUGGAAGAUUUUUCUGAAGAGAAGGAAGAUGUUUCUGAAGAAAAAGAAGAUGCAGUUGAAAAAAAGGAAGAUGGUCCUGUAGAAAAGGUAAAUUCUGAUGAAGAAAAGGAAGAUGUUCCUGUAGAAAAGGUAAAUUCAGAUGAAAAAAAGGAAGAUAUUUCUGAAGAGAAGGAAGAUGUUUCCGAAGAGAAAGGAGAUACAGGUGAAGAAAAAGAUGAUACAGAUGAAGAAAAGAAGGGGGUUGCUAAGGCUUCUGGAAGAGGCAUUUUAAAAGUAAAAAUAACAAAAACAUCUAAAGAAAUCAUUUCAAAGAAGAAAAAGCUGGAAGAUUUUGAAAGCAUUAUAUCAAAGAAGAGAGUGCCAGUGAUAAAGCUGUUAAGAAUUCCCAAGGAGAAGAUGCUAGAGGAUUAUAAAAGUAGUAUUUCAAAGGAGAGCACACCAAUGGAGGAGCAUUCAAGGAAGGCAAAUUCAAAGACUGAUUUCAUUGAGAAAGAUGGUGAUUUAAAAAACUGUUCCUUAGAGGAUUUAAGUGAUAAUGAUGGAUCUGAUUACAUAGAAUCAGACAAUGAAGAUGUGAAAGUUGAGAGUUCUGAGACCGAAAAUAAAAAUGUCACUGAGCAUAAAGCAUUUUAUUGUUUUCUCUGUGGUGAAAAGUUUUUGAGUAAAGGUAAAAUGGAAUAUCACAGACGAAAGCACAACUUCCCACUAUGGCCACUGAGUGUAGGAAAAGGUGCAAAUUGUGACGAGUGUGGCAAAAUGAUCAAGUCUAGAUCUGCCCUUCUUUCUCAUAAGAGAACACACUUGCCUAAAAUGGUGAAAAAGGUGAAAUGCAACAUAUGCAAAAAGGCUUUCUCUGAAGCUCUCCAUUUACGCCAGCAUGUAUGUUCAAAGGAACGAAAAGUCAAACACAUUUGUGAGAUAUGUGGAUCCACAUUCAACAGAAGGGGUUGCUUGAAUGAACAUAUGCUAAAGGAACAUGACGAUAAAACAUAUGAUUGCGAACAAUGCGGAAAAUCUUUUAAACAUCCAUCUAAUUUGCGAAAACAUGUUAAGAUUCACUCAAAAGAAAAGUCCUUUAUCUGUGACCUCUGCGGGCAGGGAUUUACAUUCUCUGGGACACUGCACCGUCACAUGAAGGUACAUUUGGAUAGUAAACCCUUCAAAUGCAUCACAUGUGGAAAGUUCUUCCGCACAAAUUACAACUUAAACAGUCAUAUGCUCACUCAUACAAAAGAGAGGCCAUUCAGAUGUGACUUGUGCCCUGAAGCCUAUAAUCAUAAGAUCUCCCUCCAGCUACAUGUGAGAAAGUGCCAUCACUAUGACCUAGUUUAAUAUGUGACGUACAUUUUUUAAAAAAAAUUCUUGUACAUUUGUUCUUUUUCAAUUUAUUGUCUUUUUACCCUUGUGUAUUCUUUACAAAUAGGUCAAAAAAGAUAAAUAGAUCGAGGCUUUAAAGUUAAGAGAAAUAUUAGGCUAAGUGUUUUGUCUCACAGCAUGAUUUGUUGAAAUAAAGGGGAGAUAAUAAAUAAAUAGUUGUGUAAGAAAAUUGGAUGGGAUCAUUUAAAACUCUGUAGGAAUCUUCCUACUGUGUUGUGGCAAAUGACUUUUGUGUAAAUCAUUGUUCUCUUGAGAGCAUUGCAAGAAAACAAUGGAGAGGAGAUAAAAUUUUACUUGCAGAGAUUUUAGAAAAUUUAAAUGAAUUGAGGGCUAUAUAUUUUCAAAUACACAAGUAUCUUUUGGAUAUAGAGGCAGUUACCCUAGGCCUUGGGAGAGGAUGGAGGUACAUACAAUGCUAUUAAUAUUUGAAUACAUGUAUAUUGUAUUUGUGUGUGUGUGUGUUCCAUACAUCAUUGUGAAUAAAAUUUUAUUUUCAUCAU